GUGGAUUCAGACCUCAUAAUUUUGCUACUGGAUAACUAAUUUUGAGGAGAGAAUGCUUAUUUUUCAAGAGGAGGGUGAUGAUGAAAAGAAGGAGGAUGAAGAUGAGGAAGAACACAAGCAGAAAGAAGGUAAUUUAUUGACGGAUGUUUUUGAAUGGCAUAGAAUUCCUUACCAUAAUCUAAUUGUAACGUUCGAUGAUACAAGUCUUGAUAGAAAUUGGCCAAGAUUCCAUCCAAGAAAUGCUAAAAUUGCUUGCAAGGAUAAAGAAGCUACGAGGUUUGUUUUAGAAUCUAACGCUGUGAAGCCACUUGCUAGCUCUAUUCUAGAUUUUUUAGACACUAGAAGGACCGAGGAUGUGUAUAUCCCUCGCUGCUUGAUCAUUAAAGAAUAAUACACUUGGCAGCACUGUUAUGUGUGAAAUCUAGA